AUGAACAGAAUGAACGAGAUGACAGUCAUGCAGAGCGUUGUAUGGCCUCUAUUGCUCUGGCCCUGUCUGCAAACCGUAAGCAUCCCCCUAGACUGUAGGGAAGAUCAGGGCGGCGUCAACCGCUGUACCUCCAUCUCCCAAGAGAAGCUUCUAGACCGAGUCAUCCAACACGCCGAGCUCAUCUACCGUGUCUCAGAAGAAUCAUGCUCUUUGUUUGAGGAGAUGUUCAUCCCGUUCGAAUUGCAGCUCCAGAGGAACCAAGCAGGCUAUGCAUGCAUCACCAAAGCCUUACCCAUCCCCAGCUCCAGGAGUGAAAUCCAACAGAUCUCUGACAAAUGGUUGCUCCACUCUGUGUUGAUGCUGGUCCAGUCGUGGAUCGAGCCUUUGGUCUACCUGCAGACCUCACUGAAUCUCUACGAUGUGGCUCCUGACACACUGCUUAACAAGACCAAGUGGGUGUCUGAGAAGCUGAUCAGUCUGGAGCAAGGAGUGGUGGUCCUCAUCAAGAAGAUGUUGGAUGAGGGUUUGUUAACCACAAACAAUGAGCAAGGCCUUUUCCACAACGACGCUCAGCCAGAGAUGCUGGAAUCCGUGAUGAGAGACUAUACCUUGCUCAGCUGCUUCAAGAAAGACGCCCAUAAGAUGGAGACCUUCCUCAAGCUCCUCAAGUGUCGACAAACUGACAAAUACAACUGCGCAUAA